AUGGCGACGGCCCAUCGUAUCCACAUCACGCCCGACAAUACUGGGCUUUGGAAUAUUCAGCAGGAUGAAGCUUCGGCGAAGAAGACGACUGAGCUGUUACAGGAGGAUCUAGACAAACAUCACGUUUUCUUCAACGAAGAGGGAUUCCAUAACCAUAUAAGUCAUCAACUCCUGGCUCUAUACGGCACAGGUGCUUCGCCCGACCAACUGAAAAGGUGCUACGAUGUCAACAAGGCGUACCAAAGACCAUCCAGCAAGGUCCGCGAGGAUAUCGUCAAGGAGAUGGGAGAUUGGGAGAAGGCCAAGAAAUUUUUUGGCAAAGGCGAAUACUAUAAUACGUUCCUAGAAUAUUUCCAAAGCGAGAUCGACAAGCUAGGUUGGGAGAAGGCUCUACUCGAAUAUAUGUUCAAGGGAGAUGAGAGAAGUGAGGAUAUACAGAUUCGAAUGACCUCCUCCAUCAUUCAUCCUAUCAUACAGUUGAUGUAUGGUGUCGAAUGGAAGCAGCCCGCCAUUAUCGCCAUGGCACUAGCUCAAGCGUUGGUCCACAACGAUCAGAUGAAGAAGUUUCUUCUCACGACCGAAGAGGCUGCUAAGUCGAAUACAAAACCGAUGCCUAGCAUUGAGAGUCUACUCAGAGAAGCAAAGGCAAAUAAGAAGCUUUCCACAGCCGUUUGUGGUGUAGAUGAGCUAGCCAAAGUGGAAAAGGGGGUAUUUGCCAAAGCAUGGGAUGACAUUGUUGAGCUGGCGAGCAGAGUAAAGGUCGAGCCCGAAGAACUAGAGGAGAGAACUGCAGAGAUGUACCAUUCGGCAAUAUACCAGAGCGCCUCCGCGGCAUUCCACCCCGGAAAGGAACCCAAGUUCGAUUUCUUCCUCAUGCACCACAUAAAUGUCAACCCCUUAUACAUCGCACUGAACAAUCAGGACUGGGUCCCGAUCGAGAGCAAAGUAAGGUUGCUCGAAUGGAAAAUCCGACUUGAUAUCCUCGCGUACGUAUCGCAAGCUUGUCCGCCGCUCGAGCUCGACAACAUCGCCGCUUAUGUUCCACAGGUUGGGAAACUAACUCCGGUUUACGAACAAGUCGCCCGGAUACACAAUCUGGACGAAGACGGCCACGGCAUCAAGCUAUUCCGCGCCGUGCGGAUCGGCCAGACCGUUUGCGAGAGGUACGAGGACCAAGACUGGAUUAGAAUUAAGGGGGACCUGUGGACGAGGAUCGGCCACCUCGUCGUCGACUCGAUCCAGACGUUACCGCGGUGGGUACGGGGCGCGGGCGAGGACCAGGCGUGGGAACAGAUUCCGGACCGGGUCGACGGUGCCGAUAGUGUUAAUGGUAAGGAUGGGAUUUCAGAGAAGCUUGGUCAGGUUCAUAUUUAG